AUGGCGGAGCAGAUCAUGCGUAACGGCUGGUCCCCGACCUCUGACCCCGUCGUCCAUGCCGUGUCGGACAUCUCAGCGGAGUGUCUCCACUCGGACGUUGGGGGCGACGGCAAGGUGAAGUACGUGCUCGGCGAGGGCGCCGCCUCCAUCUUCACCAUCGACGAGAACGGCGACAUCCACGCCACCAAGCGGCUGGACCGCGAGGCGCAGGCCUACUACACGCUGCAGGCGCAGGCCGUGGACCGCGUCACCAACCAGCCCGUGGAGCCGCGCUCCGAGUUCGUGGUCAAGGUGCAGGACAUCAACGACAACGAGCAGUUCCUGGACGGGCCCUACAUGGCCGGUGUGCCCGAGAUGUCCCGCUGGGUAGGGACCAUGGUGGUGCAGGUGGCGGCGACGGACGCCGACGACCCCACGUACGGGAACAGCGCUCGGGUCAUCUACAGCAUCAUCCAUGGCCAGCCCUACUUCUCCGUGGAGCCCCGGACCGGCAUCAUCCGGACUGCCCUGCCCAACAUGGACCGGGAGACCAGGGACCAGUAUGUGCUGGUCAUCCAGGCUAAGGACAUGGUAGGCCAGAUGGGGGGUCUCUCCGGGACCACCUCCGUCACCGUCACCCUCACGGACGUCAACGACAACCCCCCGCGCUUCACCCACAAGAACUACCAGAACACUGUGCUGGAGUCACUUCCUGUGCACUCGGUGGUGGCGCGGGUGAAGGCGGCGGAUGCAGAUGUCGGCCCCAAUGCGGAGAUGGACUACCGCCUGAUGGACGGAGACUACCUCGGGUUGUUCAACAUCUCCACCGAUGAGGAGACCCAGGAGGGGGUCAUCGUGCUGCUGAAGCCUCUGGACUUCGAGACAAAGAGCAGUUUUUCCCUUAGAAUCGAGGCGACCAACCGAAACAUCGACUCCAACUUCUUGAGCGUUGGCCCGUUUAGCGACUUGGCCGUCGUCAAGUUGACGGUGGAGGACGUCAACGAGCCACCCGUCUUCUCCACGCCGCUCCUCAAGAUGGUGGUGUCGGAGGACGCCAGGAUGGGAACGUCCAUUGGAAGAGUCUCAGCGCACGAUCCUGACUCCACAAACAGCGGCAUACGUUACUCCAUCGACAGGAACACAGACCUGGAGCGGUUCUUCAACGUGGACGCCCUCAGCGGAGUCAUCAGCACGGCCAAGCCGCUGGACCGCGAGGCCAACUCCGUCCACAACCUCACACUGCUCGCCAUCGAGAGCCAGGAUCCCACCCAGAUAGGUAAAGGCAUUGCCCUGAUCACCGUGCUGGACAUCAACGACAACGCGCCCGUCUUCGCCAUCGACUACGAGACCCUGCUGUGUGAGAACGCCAUGCCUGGACAGGGGGGGGGGGGGCUGCACUACAUCGUGAAGAACCUGAAUGCGGGGACUCUGUUGCAGCGGGGUGGGGGUUACUCCAUCGACAGGAACACAGACCUGGAGCGGUUCUUCAACGUGGACGCCCUCAGCGGAGUCAUCAGCACGGCCAAGCCGCUGGACCGUGAGGCCAACUCCGUCCACAACCUCACACUGCUCGCCAUCGAGAGCCGUGAGUACCGCCGCCGCCGCUGA